CAAGAACGGGAUCAACUCAAAGAAGAAUUACGCGAAGAGAAUUUGAUUGCAUUAAGCAAGCCGGAGGGUGAUCCUCUUGCAAUUCGGCCAAGAUUUAAACAGCGGAAGCGUAAUACAAAAAAUGCCCCGGCUCAUAAUUGG